ACGACCCCCCCUCCCGACCCGCUUUCGCAUCGGCUUCUCCUCUCCUCCGCUCCCUCACCCACCCACCCACCCACCGGGAGCCCUCCCUCAGCGCCAUGUCCGGGGUCGUGCGGACCCUGAGCCGCUGCCUCUUGUCGGCCGACGCCGCCACGUCCAGCCGUGGUGGGGAAAGGCCGCCGCCGCCUCAUCAUCCUCCUCCUCCUCUUUUCCCCUCGUCGUCGCCGCCGCCCCGCGAGGGGAAAGAGAAGAGCCGGGAGGCGGAGCGCGAGGCCCGUCGCCGGAGCCGCGAGAUCGACGCGAUGCUGGCCCGGGAGCGGCGCUCGGUGCGGCGCCUGGUCAAGAUCCUGCUGCUGGGCGCCGGCGAGAGCGGCAAGUCGACUUUCCUCAAGCAGAUGCGCAUCAUCCACGGCCGCGAGUUCGACCAGAAGGCGCUGCUGGAGUUCCGGGCCACCAUCUACGAGAACAUCCUCAAGGGUUGCAGAGUUCUAGUUGAUGCACGGGACAAACUAGGCAUCCCUUGGCAAUACACAGAAAAUGAGAAGCAUGGAAUGUUCUUAAUGGCAUUUGAAAAUAGAGCUGGGAUGCCAAUUGAGCCUUCUCUGUUCCAGUUAUAUGUACCUGCUCUGACUGGCCUGUGGAUGGAUUCUGGAAUCAAGGAAGCUUUCAGUCGUCGAAGCGAAUAUCAGCUGGGUGAAUCAGUGAAAUAUUUCCUGGAUAAUCUGGACCGGAUUGGCCAGUUGAACUAUUUCCCCAAUAAACAGGAUAUUUUGCUAGCUAGAAAAGCUACCAAAGGGAUUGUGGAGCAUGAUUUCAUCAUCAAGAAGAUUCCUUUCAAAAUGGUGGAUGUGGGUGGACAGAGAUCUCAGCGCCAAAAAUGGUUUCAGUGCUUUGAUGGGAUAACAUCUAUACUAUUUAUGGUCUCCUCAAGUGAAUACGACCAGGUCCUAAUGGAAGACAGACGCACAAACAGGCUAGUUGAAUCCAUGAAUAUCUUUGAGACCAUUGUCAACAACAAGCUUUUUUUUAAUGUAUCUAUCAUUCUGUUCCUUAAUAAAAUGGACCUCCUUGUAGAAAAAGUGAAGAAUGUCAGCAUUAAGAAAUAUUUCUCAGACUUCAGAGGUGACCCACACCGUCUGGAAGAUGUUCAGCGUUACCUGGUACAGUGUUUUGACCGAAAGAGGCGGAAUCGCAGUAAACCCCUCUUCCAUCAUUUCACCACAGCCAUUGACACUGAAAACAUCCGCUUUGUAUUCCAUGCUGUGAAGGAUACAAUCCUUCAGGAGAACCUUAAGGAUAUUAUGUUGCAGUGAAGGAAAAUGGGCCACUCUUCUAUUGCAACUAAGCCGUGUUGUAGGUUCUUUUAUUACCUUUGCAGCUCUUCUGAUGGAUUUUAUUUUAGAAGAUCCAUGAUCUUUACUUUGGCUCAUGAAGGCUGCAGAAUAACCAAUCAAAACAGAAGAGCAAUCUUGAAAGCUCAAGCUAGCUACUGAAUCACUUAACUAAAACACUACUGAAAAAGUGUCUGUUGCAAGUGCAGUGCCUUCUUCUGAACACUGAAUAACAUCACUGUGUUCUGCCUUUUGAAAAGAGAACUGUUACUUUGAGGAGAGAGAGAAAAGAUGUUAAGAAGUGUUGUUUUUAAUUAAUGCAAUUGUGCAACAGUGCCAGAAUCAGCUGGCUGUAAAGCCUGUCUGCCUCAUUAGUUAUGGGUGCUGAACUAACAAUCCCAGUAAUGUAUUCUAUUCCCUUAGUGAUACUUCUGCUUGGAGAAAUACAUCACCACGUGUUCUUGUAAUCCUAGAAUCCAUAUCCAGAUUUGGUCCAUUUAAAAUCUUUUCCUAAUAUCCAGAUUGUACAUGUCUUGCUCCUAUCCAAAAAUUUAUCUUCAGCUUUCCUCAUUUGGAAGUUCAGAACUGUAGCUCAUUAUGCAAGUACAUUGUUUUUGGCAGUCAUACCAACAAGGCAGAAAACCCAGGGUCUGGGUUGGUGCAACAUAAGGCUGUACUUUGCACUCUGUGCGUCAUGGGAAAGAUGACUUCCACAGUAAUGGAGCAUGAAGCCAGAACUCAAACAUAUGACAGUCUAGCAAGACAUCUUCAACCCUGUUCUCAAGCCUGAAGUUGAAACUACAUCAAAACUCCCUUUCAGUUUGAUGUUAAGCAGUGGUUGCCAACAACACUAAAGCCAAAUGCUCUUGAGAUCUCCCACUUUAUCAGCUGCACUGAUUUUGGACAGACUGGCCCUGCUUUGAAUUAAACCUUAAUUCUCGGUGUAGGGAUUUAUUAAUCUAUGUAAUAUGCAUUUAAAAUAUUGUAAACUGUCAAGUCCAGACUUGCCUCUCUAAAGCAACUAGAAAGUAUGUGUGAAUAGUGAAUUUGUAGGAGGUUGUGAAUAAUGUUGAUGUGAACAUUAUUUUUUAAUUCUGAAAUGUUGCAUUUAACUAUGGGUGCCUUUUCUGUGUGUACAGUUGUUUCACACUUUGUCAGCUAUGAGGUAUAUACAGUAUUACUCAAACCAAGGCCUACUUUUCAGUGCUUAUAGUCCUUAUUCAGGGAUCUUUUUAAAAUGUUUACUGUGGCAUUUGACAUUGGUACCAUAUUUGUAAUAAAACAUAAAGGGCUUAGUCUUUGCUAUAUGAUAUUAUGAAAAUACUUUUAUUUAUACCAUUUGGAGACAACUGUGUCUUAAAUGAGAGACAGUACUCCAGGCAAUUAGUGCCACAAUGAGCACUAUACUAAAAAUGCUUCAUGCCUUUUGCUUGGAAAAAUCCUAGGGUAUUUUUCAAAUCUAAUGAUAUUUUACUCAACCAUGGUUUGGUUUGAUGUGGCAUGACAUACUUUAUAAACCAGAAAUCUACCACUCUUGUAGUAAUGCUUUGUGCAGAAUCAAACUAAUUUUUGAAAAUGAGAAAAAGGUUUUCCUCUUAUUAUUAUGCACCAUUGAAAUAUUAGCAAGGCAGCUGCAGACUAUCUGUUGCAGACUUUUCAGUCUUGAGGUUACAGUACAGUACACUUAAUCAUUUAACAAAUUGUAUAUUUACCAAUUACAUGGACCAAUUACAAUAACCACAGUUAUAGCUAGACAAGAAAAUAAUGUUAUCACUUCAUUUGUAUGCUGAAGUAUUACUACAGCUUUGCAGUUUAUUAAAUGGCUUUUCAGUUAUAAAGACAAACGUAAUUUGAUUCUAUCUGUCCAGUUCUCUUGGUCAACUGGAGUCAAUGCUACAGUCCCUGAAAUUCUUCAGUUAUUGUUUUGAAAAUUCUAAUUUUGUGUUCCUAAGAGAACUUCUAAUUUGCAUUUCUCCGAUAGCAGUCUUGGCUAUGACAAAUGGCUGAAACGGAGAUGUUAAUGGCAUAUACAUCUGCGUCCCAUUAGAUGACAUCCUUAUAACCUUGGUCACACUAAAAUAUCUCUUGUUUUCUGGCCCCUAUAUUUUAGCUUGGUUUGUCACAGCGUUUUGUGUCCAGAAGAAGCCAUGCUUACUCAUUUAAAACUUGAACUUCACCUCUUGGCUUUCCAGAAGUGCCUCAGUGUUACACAGGAAUCUUUGGCCUUAAAUGGCAGGCAGUAGCACAAACUCUUAUAGAAAGUAUUUAUAGUCUGAACAAUGCCACUUUUUGAGUUUUAAAAGAAAACCAAGGGCUAGCACAUGGCAAUUCUCAAACUGUUAUUCUGUUACAUCUUUAUUAUUAAAAAUGGAUUUGCUUUUGUAUAGAAGCUACAUUAGCAAUCGUUGAAUGUAGUGUACUAUUUCGUGUUCCUUCUGUAUAGGUACAGCCUCUUCCUUGGUGGGUUAACCAUACUUGGUUAAAACAGCUUUGGUUGAUGUCAGUUACCAGAUUCAAUCUGGUUUACCCAAUAGACCUUGUAUGCAAAAGCAAAUUUAUUAUGCUUUUGGGAUGUCAUUAACACUAAUUCUUCUGCUCCUCAUCCUUUUUUUCUGGUAUUCUUUCAGUCACAGUUUCAACUGUACUAUAUUGUCUGAUAUUGCCAUUGAAGCUUUAUAUGUAAAUUCUUUUUAUGUUGCUCAGCCUACGUGUGUGUGAGAGAGUACAUAGUGAAGGGUGAUUUGCUAUUUCAAGAAAGAUUUUGAGAAUCACAGGGCAGUCUAGAUUAUUAGCAAAAAUCUUUUAAAUAUAUGAUUUUACAUGCAUGAGAGGAAUCUAUCUUCUAAUCAUAGCACUUGAUGUAAUAUGUUAUUUAGAUGCAAGCUGUAUUUGUUUUUCCAAUCCAGCACAUUAAUAGUGAGCACUUCACAGCCACCAAAUUAUUCUGUCUUCCUUUCUUUUGCCAAAGCCACAAGACAUUUGUUUUUAAUUAUAACCCUUGAGAACAUUUUGUACAAAAUGCAGUGAAGGGAAGUGACAAGGAUUUGUAGGUGGAAUACUUGAGGUAAUGAUUCUGACUAGCCAGGAAAUGGGUUACAUGUACGACAGUCUGUUAAUGCCUUGAGCUUACAUUUCAGCAUACAUUGUAUAAAUGAAUUGCCUGAGCUGUAACUAGCAAUUUUGGCACUCGGGACACGCACGGGUGUCUCCCAUCCACACAGUUCUGUGGUGUGGGCGUGAACUCCCCCCCGCCUGCAAGAAAAAGGAGGAGCAGAAUGUGGUGCCCCCUCCAAAAGGAAGUGUGUGCUUUUAAAAAAAAGUAAGGCAAACAGGAUUAGGAGGUUUUAUUGUUUAUUUUCCUGACAUUCGCCAGUAGUUUCACCUCUAGAUUUUGGUGCCUUUCAAAAUUUGGUGCCCUGGGAAAAGUCCGGUUAUUCUGUUCCAGUUAUGGCCUUGUGAAUAAUCCUCAAGAGUUUUUUGUUAGAGAAAUGUUGCUUUAGCACUAUGCUGUGUUCUCAGUGUUUUUACCGAAGUACAAAGGGAGGAAAUGCUUCCUUCCAUGUCUUUAUAUAUAUAAAAAAUGGACUUGCUGCUGAAAACGUUUUGUGAUUGAGGUCGUAUAAGACAUACAGUUUUGUUUGCAUGAAGUGGAAGCUGUGGCUUAGCAUAAUUCUGCAAGUCCCAUGUUGCAUUGCUUGCUUGAGUAGAGCAUUCACAAGAACAGUAUUUAACAUGUCAGCCAGCAGCAGUUGUUAAGUGAAGCUGAAGCAGUUGUUCCUAGCACCUUUACUGCUUUAAGUGAGGAGAGCUUGAGUGGAGUACAAUUUCUGGAGGCUGUGCCAGGCUUGUGUGGCCAGCCCGAGGCUAAAAUGUCCCUGCCCUCUGAAAAAGUGGGCAAAUUGGCUGCUGCUUAUUUGGAUGAGUUGAUGUUGCUGCUUCUGCCACUAGUUUUUCUCACUGAAUUAAGGAACCUUCCAUCAACAGGCUGAAAAGUUAUCUAAGGAUUGGCUUACUUCCCAUAGUUUUAGCUGGCUGCAGCCAGCUUGAAAAUUACCACAGGCCAAGGAAGAAGAGAAGAAUAAAGCCACACUGACCCCUCUGGUCAGCUUCCUGGUGCAGAGCCAGAAAUCAAUUGUUGAGAGGGAGGAAUGUGGACAAGAGAAGGAUCUAGUUUCUAAAUAGAUUUUCAAGCACUGCUGCUUAAACACUGACAGCCUGUGUAUGUUGAAACAAAAUGCCAUCAAUGAAGAGUCUGUGUCCUUUGAUGACUGUCUCCAGAAGAAGGAUUUGGCUGCUUACUAAAUCAACAUAUUGGCAUCCCUUGUAGCUAUUGGCAUAGACAUUAGAAAUCUUUUUUCCACUUGCCUAUUUGUUUGUAAGUAGGACAUGCAAAUGCAGACUUCUUCUAGUGUGCUGUGAGAGGCUUUGGCUAUGCAGAUGGUCUAAUAAACUUUCUAAAGACAACUAAGUGUCUCCUUUUAAACACACAAAGAAUCAAGUCAUUAACAGGCACAUCUCUGGAUAUCUUAAAAGACAGCAUUUUGCUGUGCUCCAUCAAGUCCUUUAAUAUCAAUCUAGAGUGCCGUCUUUGUAUAAUUUAAAUGGGAACUACCAUAAUGGCAUAAUUACAUAAUGGCAUUUUCAGCUAGCGCUGAAGGUGUAGUUAACCAAGUAGAGCAGGUGGACAAGGUGGAGGAAGAGGAUUCAUUCAUUAGAUGAACCUAAAUAUCUUAAAAAUAGUAACAAGCUGCUGAAUAUCUAGACAUGUUGUGAGAGCCAGACCCUGGUUAUCAGUACCUUCAAAAUCGUCUCCCUUGGCACAAGUGCUUGUAGCAUUUUAUCGGAUUCCUAAGAACAAGAGGGAAAGGUAGGUUGAUAAAGGUCCUCAUUGUAAACCUACCUGGAUCGAACUGGCCAUUUGUUUUUCUCUGUUCACUGGUAGUAAGUGAAUAAAUUGUCAUUGAUCCUAGCUUUAAAAAAAUAUUUUGUAAGUCAUCUUGAGGGCUUUUAUGUCAUAUGUAGUAAAAAAUAUCCUAAAUGAACUUAAUUAAAUGGGAAACUGCUAAAAGUGUUUCCUGGUGCUGACUGUAUGUCUGAGGUGAUCUCAGAAAUGUUAUCUCUUGCCCAUAAAAUUCCACACUAGUUCAUGUCUACUAGAGCGUAAUCUUCAAUAUUUAUAUUACACUCUUCAUGUGUCUAAAAUGCUUUGCCUAUGUUGAGAAUAUGUUAGUUAGGCCAGUAAAUUAACCAAACUGAAUGGUAACUUGCUGAAGGCUGCUAGCAAAGCAAAUUUUAAACCAGGGCUUCCUGAGUCAUCAUUGCUCACACUUAUCCAUGACAACAACAGCUCUAGGACAGUAUUCUAUGCAACAUAAAUCUGAAGAAAAUGGGGGGGGGGUCAUAAAAGGCAUAGAUUAGCCUUAAUUCAGUUUCAGCAAAAAACAAACAAAUGCCUCUUGAGUGGGUAACGAACUUAAAAAUGAGAAAAUGAGAUGCAAGUGCCGUAACACAUAUCUUAAUGGUAAUAUUCUUAAAAGGGGUGUUUGGUUUUUGAAAUUGGUGAUGUUUUGUAAGCACUAAAAGAGCAUCCGUGAUCCUUUGUGGCCUAUUUUGCUGUGAUGGUGCUGUGUAUUGGAUUUUUUAAAUAAUUGUGGUGUAAAAAUGUACUUUAUAGCUUGGAAUCAGUGUACUGUUUUGUAUAUAUGAAUUUUGUAAAUAUUAAAAUGUGACUUGUUAUUACUGUG